AAGAAAUUAUGGACCGCAUUCAUGGCAGGGAAGACGCGGAGCUGAUUUGUUCAGAAUCUAAAAUAAUACGACACCGUAUUACUUACGCAGACACAGACGCAAAACCCCACCGUCAUCCUGUCGGUGUGUGCCCGGAGAACCUUCAGCGAAGAAGAUGAUUUGGGACGAAUGGGAAGAAGAUGCCCAGCAAAAUCACGGAGCCGACCACAAUGACUCUUACUUCAAUUUCGAUUUCCUAUCCGUUGUCUCCGAGUACAAGGAUUACUAUAAGAUAUUAGAAGUCGAUUAUGAUGCAACGGAGGACACGAUUCGAUCCAAUUACAUCCGUCUUGCGCUGAAAUGGCAUCCAGAUAAGCGGAAGGACCAAGACAACACAACUUCAAUAUUUCAAGAUAUAAACGAGGCUUAUCAGGUUUUAAGCGAUCCCGUCAAAAGGAGGGAAUAUGACAAGGGAGGGAUGCAGCAUGGUUAUGAUUACAACAAUAUCACAGAUUACCUUAACCGUUUCAAGGGGCUUAUAUUAACAUGCAAUGGCCUUGGGAUCAAGCAUUCAGUAUUGUAAGAACUGAAAGAAAGUUACCUGUGCAGUUACGCUCUUCAGCUCAUCUCAGGCUGUAAAUUUCAUGACAUACUGAUGUACUUGCUGAUGCCAGGAGCUAGGUAUAGGGAUGAUGACAAGCAUUUGGGAUCUGUUGGGGUUGACAUUCCCUCUUGCUCAUCUGACUAAACCCUUGCUCAUGUAUAAAUGUAAAAUGACCCUGCCAUUAUGUAAUAUCUUACCCUGAGUUUGGGAGUAUGGAUUUUAGACUCUAAAUUUAUAAUUAAACUAAGUACAAGAAUGUAUCAAGUUUUGUUAAACUUUAUUUAAAAUUCAAAUUCAAGUCUCAAAA